AUGGCAGAGAGCUCAGUUGCAACAAGUUUAUCUUCAGCUGAUAUGACAUCAGAUAAACAAUCAUCACUUAAGCUAUUUGGUUUUUCACUUACUGAUCAUCAAGAGGAAGUUUUAGACAAAUCUGAUGAUUUUGGAGAAAGCAGGAAAUUUGUUUGUCCAUUUUGUCACCGAGUAUUUGGCAAUUCUCAAGCACUAGGGGGCAUCAAAAUGCAUACAAGAGAGAAUGCCAAAAAGCUAGGCAAGCCCAGUUUCACAGCUGCUACGCCUGUUUUAAGCUUUCAUGUUGUAAGGUCGAUGGCGCCUAGGUUUCCUAGAGGGUUCACUACCAACGGUGUUGCUAAAUUCCUGCCGCAACUGGCUGGUUAUUGUCCAUCAUGUCCACAGCUGCUUCCUACGAAUCCUCCAUACCCUACUCGAAUUUUCAUAGGGAAACCAUUGCAUUUUAGAACAGCAGCCGCCCUAGGCUCUUCUGAAGUUCCUACCAAAUUACCAAAGGCUGAGAUAGGCAUUGAUCUGCACCUUAAACUCUCUUAUUCUGGUUGUUAG